AUGCCAGUGAGUUGCGGGAGGCGGCUCAGCGCGCCACCGACCCAACUGAAAGCGUUGCCGCAGCUUCGAGCUGUGAUACAAUGGGCAAUGCAUGCUCAGUCCAACAAAACAGUUGACAUUCGCGACAUACGAGACUUUUCCCUGGCUCUUGCAGGCUUUGUGGUUUCUGCUGCAGGCUUUGUGGUGUCGUAUGCCACCUCGGACUUUCGCAUGAAGCGAUUGGCAGUAAAGAAGUUCAUGGCGCGCUAUGAGCCGCCAAGGCCGAAGAGCAAAGUUGUUCACCGCGAGGCCAUGACAGCCAUCAAGAACCGCGUUCAGAACUGGAAGCAGGAGGAGCAUGCGACCAUCGUGAGUGGCCGCUACAAAUCCGGGAAGACAGUGGCCGUGCAAGAGGUGAAAAACUGGGAGCCCGUUUUGUACCAAGAGCUUGGCGUGAAGGACUCCAACAUGUUUCAUGAGGUGCUUCGUCGUGUCCGCGCCAAGUUGCAGAAGAAGAAGUUCGCAAAGAACUUGACCCAAUAUCCAAUCCUGCUUCUGGACAUUCCUCGUGACCUGGAAGGAGGCCUGUGUGCACUU